AUGCAGCUUGGGGUAUUGCAGGCCAGUAUCGAGAACACAGAUACAGGGUUGCCGUUCCGCGAACAUGGGUAUCAUCAUGUGAGUAAAGAAGAUGGAAUGAAAUCUUCUUUCUGUUAUCUGGAGGUUCAAAAGGGCGCGCCCUUUGCGAUAGCCAUCGAGAUGUCGCCAACCUUCACCAGAUCACGAUCGGACGAUUGGCGAGCAGCAUGUUUCAUUGACGGGCAUCGUCUCAGUGGAAGUUACUGGAACCCUGACGCAAAGGAGCAUCGUAUCGACUCGAUGUUAAUGAAGAAGGGUACGGAGUUUUUGAAAUGUAAAAUGCGCUUUGGUUCCAUUGAGCAGAUCGCAGAGAGAAGAUCGAUUCCUGUCGGGGAGGAAGAAGGCGAUAACCAUCUGGGGAGAGUCGAUAUCGUAUUGUCUAGAGGGAUGUGGAUACCCUUGGGAGACGCGACGGCAGAUAGAGCAGAGCAGGUCGAGACAGUAGCGAAGUUGGUGGAAGGGGGAAACGAGGACCCAGACGCCAGCGAUCCCAUCACGAGUCAACGAAAGAUCACUAGACCAAUGAUGUUCGCUGAGAAGGCAGAUGAACCUUGCUUUUACUCUUUCCACUUCAUACUUCAAACGAGGGAAACGCUGGUUGAUUACGGUCUGAUACGCAAGUUGCUGUUCAUCUCGAUAUCCGAGCGAUCACUGAUGUUCCAACUACCUUAUUUCGUUGCUAGCCGAUCAUAUCCCUCCACCACCUCCCAAUCCAGCCUUUCCGCUCCCUAA